GGUCUAUAAAAAAACACAGGGUCCAUUAACGGGAGCUUCCAUCAAUCUUUCUCUUUGUUACAUGCCAUUCAUUCACAAUUUCAGGAUGGCUGCUCCGGCCAUAGUUUCUAAAACUUUGCUCUUAUUUCUUAUUCUCCAUGCCAUUCUCAUGUCUCUGGCCACAUCACAGCCAAACUUCGUAAAACAUUACUGUUUUGACCAAAAUGGUAACUACACUGCUAAUAGUACGUUUCAGGCCAACCUCAAUACCUUGUUGUCCAACCUCUCUUCCAACACUGAAAUCGACUAUGGCUUCUACAAUUUCUCAAAUGGCCAAAACACUGACAAAGUCAACGUUAUUGGGAUGUGUAGAGGAGAUCUUAAGCCAGAAGCUUGCCGUAGUUGCCUCAACAAUUCAAGAAUCCUUCUCACACAACUUUGUCCAAACCAGAAGGAGGCAAUUGGGUGGUAUGAUCAGUGCAUGUUGCGCUACUCUACCCGCUCAAUAUUUGGAAUUAUGGAAUCUGAUCCUUUGUAUAAUAUACGGAACAACCAAAAUGCAACAAAUGUGGAUCAGUAUAAUGAAGUUGUCGGGGACCUUCUGAGAAGUCUAGGAAACAGAGCUGCUGCCGGUGAUUCUCAACUUAAGUAUGCUCAAGCAAACAAAACAGGUCCAAGCUUUCAAACUAUAUUUGCUCAUGUGCAAUGCACACCUGAUUUGACAGACUUGGAAUGCAAUCAGUGCUUGUUUGGAAAAUUAAUAUCAUAUAUCCCAAAUUGCUGUGCUGGAAAAGUACGUGGCAGAAUUUUUACACCGAGUUGUAAUCUUAGAUUUGAUACCACCCCAUACUUUGAUCCUAUUCCUACCACGGACGUCCCUCAUUCGUCGAUACCGCAAGCAUUUCCUUCUCCUGCUCCAUCAGCCAUGCUCAUCAAAGGCAAGAGCAACUCAUGGAAAACUGCCAUCGCAAUAAUUGUGCCAAUUGUCUCCAUUAUGAUACUCUUCACCUUUAUGUGCUUCUUUUUGAGACGAAGGAAGCCAACGAAGUAUUUUAAAAGUGAAUCUGUAGCUGACUAUGAAAUUGAACCAACUGAGACCUUACAAUUAGACUUCCAAACCAUCAUAGACGCAACAAAUAACUUUGCAGAUGUAAAUAAGCUUGGAGAAGGUGGAUUUGGACCAGUCUACAAGGGCAGGCUUCCCAAUGGCGAAGAAGUUGCUAUCAAACGGUUGUCCAAGGAUUCUGGCCAAGGAGAUAUAGAAUUUAAAAAUGAACUGCUAUUAGUAGCAAAGCUGCAACACCGAAAUUUAGCAAGGGUAUUGGGCUUUUGUUUGGAAACAGGAGAAAGGAUACUGGUGUACGAGUUUCUUCCCAAUAGAAGCCUUGACUACUUUAUAUUUGAUCCAAUCAAACGUUUAAAUUUGGAUUGGGAAAGGCGUUACAAGAUUAUACAAGGUAUUGCUAGAGGUCUUCUUUAUCUUCAUGAAGAUUCUAGAUUGCGCAUUAUUCAUCGCGAUCUCAAAGCAAGCAACAUACUCUUGGACGAUGAAAUGAAUCCUAAGAUAUCAGAUUUUGGCAUGGCAAGACUGUUUGAUGCAGAUCAAACUCUUGGAAAUACACGUAGAGUUGUUGGAACCUAUGGAUAUAUGGCACCGGAAUAUGCAAUGCAUGGGCAUUUUUCUGUGAAGUCAGAUGUUUUUAGUUUUGGCGUACUAGUUCUUGAGAUAGUCACUGGACACAAAAAUGGUGAUAUCCAUAAGAGCGGUUAUGUAGAACAUCUAAUAAGCUUUGUAUGGACGAACUGGAGGGAAGGGACUGCCUUAAAUAUAGUAGAUCAAACACUGCACAAUAAUUCAAGAGACGAAAUAAUGAGAUGCAUCCAUAUUGGAUUACUUUGUGUUGAAGAUAACGUAGCCAAUAGACCAACCAUGGCAACAGUUGUAAUCAUGUUUAACAGUAACUCUCUCGUUCUUCCUAUACCCUCACAACCUGCAUAUUCUACGAAUGUCAAAGGUCCAUCAAGAUCAAAUGAAUCAAGAAAUAACUUCAAGCAAGCAUCAUCAAAUGAAGUCUCCAUUAGUGAUCUAGAUCCCCGCUAGAUUUCAGUGUAGUGGUGACUCUCAGAAGCAUUCAUUCAUUCAGCUGAUGCAAGCCAAACAAAUGCUCUUUGUUUAGACAUUAAGAAUGAAUUUUUAUUUUAAUUGUAUGAUGUUUUUAAUUUUAUUUUAUCUCACUCAUUUAAUAAAAUUGUUUUUAUAAUUUUA